AUGCGUUUCCUAGCGGCCGUUCUACUUCUGCCGACUAUUCUGGGAGAGAAGCUAGUUAUCCCAGAGGUACAAAGUGCAGUGAGCGCGCAGCUAGCAGAAUUCGGUGGGUAUACAAGCGAAUAUGGUUCGGCCGUAGUCAGUGAUGUCUCGCCGGUGAGCUCAAGCUCCGAAGUAAGGAAAACCGAAGAGCGAGCCACUAGCACCUACUGGUAUGAGACGAUCUCUCAUCAAGGCAUAUCAGCCUUCAAUUCCAACCCUGCGACUUACAAGGUCUACCGCAAUGUUAAGGAUUAUGGUGCCAAAGGAGACGGCAAAACCGACGAUACAGCCGCUAUCAAUAGGGCAAUCAGCGAUGGCAAUAGGUGCUCUCCAGGAUCAUGCUCUUCGUCUAGCACAACCAACGCCGUUGUCUACGUGCCCGCAGGGACCUAUGUGGUUUCUUCUUCGAUUGUCAGCUACUAUGCAACCAAUCUUAUCGGCAACCCGAACAACAUGCCUGUCUUGAAAGCGACGUCCGGAUUUUCUGGAUUCGGUGUCAUAGACGGUGCUAAGUACCAGGACGGCGGAGCUUUACCUUACGGAGCGACGAAUAUCUUCUGGCGCCAGGUCAGAAACUUUGUCAUUGACCUGACGGCUAUUCCAGCAGCAACUGAGGCGACGGGAAUCCAUUGGCCUACGGCGCAGGCGACCAGUUUACAGAAUAUCGUAUUCAAGAUGUCUAGCAUUGCGGGUACCAAACACCAAGGAGCCUUCAUCGAGUCAGGCUCUGGAGGUAUCUUAAACGAUCUUGUGUUUAACGGCGGUUUGUAUGGGGCCGUAUUUGGAAACCAACAGUUUACCGUACGAAACCUCACAUUCAACAACGCAGUUACUGCUAUCUACCAGCUCUGGGAUUGGGGUUGGACCUAUAAGAGCAUAUCUGUCAGUAAGUACCUACCCAAGCCCUUGUUGAACCCACAUAACUGUACGGUUGGCCUUGAUAUGGCUACCCGCGACACGAGCGGCGAAACUGUGGGAUCUGUCACCUUCUUUGAUAGCUCGUUUACAAACACGAAAAUCGCAUUUAAUAUCUCGCGAUCCGCAAAGUCCCAGCCGACAACAGGUGGUAGUCUUGCAAUUGAGAACGUCUCCCUGAAGAAUGUACCGACCGCUAUCCAAUACGGCCCAACCAAAAGCACCCUGCUUGCGGGUACCACAGGGUCGACGACCAUCGCCAGUUGGGUGAGCGGCAAUGUGUAUAAUCCCACCGGCCCUAAGACAACAGCUGGUUCUAUCGCUCCUCCUACCCGCCCGGCUGCUCUCGUGAGCAAUGGCAAAUUCUACGAGCGGUCGAAACCAUCAUAUGCCAAUCUCGCCUCGUCAUCAUUCUCUUCCGUCCGAACCGGUGGCGCUAAGGGCGAUGGUACGACCGAUGAUACUGCAGCUCUACAACGUGUCAUAACCGCGGCCGCUAGUGCCGGUCGUGUUGUUUACUUCGAUGCCGGGACUUACAAAGUAACUAAGACCUUACUUAUUCCAGCCGGCAGUAAAAUCGUCGGCGAAGGCUACCCCGUCGUUAUGUCCAGCGGGUCCUAUUUCAGUAACGUCAACUUUCCACAAGUUGUAGUACAGAUUGGUAACGCUGGCGAUACCGGGACAGUAGAGUGGAGUGAUAUGAUCGUGUCUACACAGGGCGCCCAAGCUGGUGCGAUUCUCGUCCGGUGGAAUAUCGCAUCGCCAGCCGGCUCGCCGAGCGGAAUGUGGGAUGUCCACACCCGAAUCGGAGGUACCACAGGCUCCAAUCUCUCUUUGGCCAAUUGCCCGUCAACACCAUCAUCCACAACCGUCAAUAGCCAAUGCGUCUCAGGCUAUAUGUCUAUGCACAUAUCAAAAUCAGCCUCAGGAAUCUACGCCGAAAACGUAUGGCUAUGGGUUGCAGACCACGAUGUAGACAACAGCGCACUAACGCAGAUCAAAGUCUAUGCUGGCCGAGGCCUGCUGGUUGAGUCAACGGUUGGAACAGUCUGGCUUGUGGGCACCAGCAUUGAGCACCACGUGCGAUACCAGUACCAGUUCAGCAAAACGCAGAACAUUUUCGCCGGUCAAAUCCAAAGCGAAACACCAUACUACCAGCCCAAUCCAGGUGCGCGACAGCCGUUCCCCCUGAACUUGACCAUCGACGACCCGAACUUCGAUAUCCUAUGCCCGCAAGGCUCAUCGCCGAGCACCUGCUCUGAAUCAUGGGGGCUUCGUAUUAGCGCCAGCAAGGGCGUUCUCGUAUAUGGUGCCGGCUUAUAUUCGUUCUUUAACAACUUUAGCACGGCCUGCUCUGCUAAGGGUGCUAGCUCGCUAUGCCAGACCGGAAUCGUUCAGUACGACUCGGCAAGUACCAAGGGAUUCUGGAUUUACGGCCUGAAUACCGUUGGUGCUUAUGGGAUGGUUUAUAGGGAUACCAGCAAGCUCGCGGACUAUUCGCAAAACGUUAACGUGUUCCCAAGCAGUAUCAUCGUAUUUAACAGUAAUAACUAA